AUGAUUAUUUGUUGUGUAAAAGAUUGUAGGCAUAAAAAGCCUAAAGACCAGUGUAAAUUACAUCGACUGCCAAAGGAUGAGAAAUUUUGCAAGGAGUGGGUUCGUCGUAUAGGAGUAGAAGAGUUAUUAUACAAAUCUUUGAAGGAUUUAAAUAACGUCUACUUAUGCAGCUGCCACUUCACUAAACAAGAUUAUCGUUCCAGCAAAUAUUUGAAUCCUGGAGCUAUUCCGACGCAGUUCAGUGAUGAUACUCAUCCAAUAUCAGACGAAAAAAUGGAAAAGUUUUCUAACUUUAUUCGUUUUUCAACGACAGCUAGCCUUGAACCUCUUACGAAUAUUUUAAAUUCAAAAAUUGUAAAUCUAAGGCAGCUUCAGACUAUCACGGUUAUCAAUAACGAUGUUGAGCAACCAUUCACGGAAGAGGUACAACAGUUGAUGGAUAUUGAAGAUAAUACUCAGACUUUAUUUGUUAGUACUGUAGAUGAAAAUUUAACUAUAAAUCAACCGAUAGUUAAAAGAAAAAAGUCUUCAGAUUUUUCAACCGAAAAACCUUCGUGCACCAUAACGCCAGCGAAACGACUUCGACCAUCAGCAUUAUAUAAGGUUAAACCUUACAAUUUGAGUCAGCAUUUAUUAAAAAUAAAUGCACUUGGAGAUUCAAAACAAACCAAAUAUCAACAGUCAAUAAAAAAUGAUAAGUCUGUUGAGCUAGCGAAGUCUAAUAUAAGGUUAAAAAAAUUAGAACAAUUAUGUAAGUCAUUGAAAUCAUCCGUAUUAGAUGAUUUGAUAUUUAAAAUAGAUUUAUUAGUAAAUUAUUACGAUAAGCAAGAAAAUUUAGUCUAA